GGUAAGCCAAGCAGUUGCAGUGUUUUCGGUAUCUAGUAUUCUGUUCACGGAGCCUGAUAGACUCGAUAGUCACACAUUCUUUGCCUGCAGUGAGACAAGGCGUUGUUCAAUGAAUAAAUAGAUCAUUGAUCGCCAUCCCUGUCGGCCACAUCAGCGGAAGGCCCGGAUUUUAGCCCUUCCCUUUGACAUCAUGGAUCGAACUGAUGAAGCCCGUUCCUCGGUUCGGUGGCCCCCAGUCUUUAAACGAUCAAAUCAGAUCCAUGGUGCGCAGUCAGAAUACUCAAACACUAGUCAUGAUCGCACCAAGACCCUGGGUGUGCUUGGCCAAGCUUCCGAAUCCCCCGUUCCUAAGGACACCCCCUAGUGGAAAGAAAGGAGUGACCACUACUUUUUCCCAAAAACUAAGCCAAGUCUCCGAGUAAUCCUUUCAACAUUAAUCUACAAGAAAUAAUUGACACUAUCACGUAGAACAGUGAGAGUCCAGUUCAUGUCAACAUGAAACCCGCGACAGCUGCGUUUGCUCUGGCCGGGUUGCUCUCUGGCGUAACCGCGGCCCCGGGCGCUCAUGGCGAGAGAAUUGAAAGGAUUGAUCGAACUGUGUUGGAGCGUGCUUUGCCAAAUGCCCCGGAUGGGUAUACACCUUCCACAGUCAGCUGCCCUGCCAGUCGUCCUACGGUGCGUAGCGCAUCGUCUGGGCUCUCAUCGAACGAGAAAUCAUGGUUGAAGUCUCGGCGAGAGAAGACUCAGUCUGCCAUGAGGGAUUUCUUCGGUCAUGUCACCAUCCAAGACUUUGAUGCGGUCCAGUAUCUUGAUCGCCAUUCGAGCAACAUAUCCAAUCUUCCCAAUGUCGGCAUUGCAGUGUCUGGUGGGGGAUACCGUGCGUUGAUGAACGGUGCAGGAGCGAUUAAAGCUUUUGAUAGCAGAACAGAAAACUCGACAGCGACUGGACAGCUGGGUGGUUUGUUACAAUCGGCAACGUAUCUAUCCGGUCUGAGUGGCGGUGGAUGGUUGGUGGGGUCGAUCUAUAUUAAUAAUUUCACCACCAUUUCGUCGCUACAGACCCAUGAGAAGGGCGCUGUUUGGCAGUUUCAAAACUCGAUCUUUGAAGGGCCUGACGGCGAUAGCAUUCAGAUUCUAGACUCUGCGAGUUACUACAAGCAUCUCCACAGUGCAGUGACCGGCAAGGAGGAUGCAGGAUAUGAAACCUCUAUCACCGAUUACUGGGGUCGUGCUCUAUCUUACCAGUUAAUCAAUGCUACCGAUGGUGGUCCGAGCUAUACCUGGUCGUCCAUUGCCUCCACGGAUACAUUCAAACAGGCCAAUAUGCCGAUGCCUCUCCUUGUUGCUGAUGGUCGGUAUCCCAAUGAGCUCGUUAUUAGCAGCAACGCCACCGUCUAUGAAUUUACCCCUUGGGAGUUCGGUACCUUCGAUCCAACCGUUAACGGAUUUGUGCCUCUUGAAUACCUGGGUUCCAAGUUUGAUAGUGGAUCCAUUCCCAAGAAUGAAAGCUGCGUGCGUGGAUUUGACAAUGCCGGCUUCGUAAUGGGUACAUCGUCCAGUUUGUUCAACCAGUUCUUCCUGCAGGUCAAUUCAACCUCUCUUCCCAAUUUCCUGAAGUCGGCAUUUGCAGAUAUUUUGGCAAAGAUUGGUGAAGAUAACAACGACAUUGCUGUCUACGCUCCCAAUCCAUUCUACAACUGGGCCAACGAGAGCUCCCCAGCGGCCCAUCAGAAGGAACUCAAUAUGGUGGAUGGUGGAGAGGAUCUCCAGAACAUUCCUCUGCAUCCUUUGAUUCAGCCCGAGCGUCAUGUUGAUGUUAUCUUUGCGGUUGACUCCUCGGCUGACACCACGUAUUCUUGGCCUAAUGGUACCGCUCUUGUUGCCACGUACGAACGCAGCCUCAACUCCACCGGCAUCGCCAAUGGAACUGCCUUCCCCGCCAUCCCCGACCAGAAUACCUUUGUCAACAACGGCCUAAAUACGCGGCCUACAUUCUUCGGAUGCAACAGCUCGAAUACCACGGGGCCUGCGCCUUUGGUUGUAUAUCUCCCGAAUUAUCCGUAUGUGACUUACUCGAACUGGUCCACCUUCCAGCCAAGCUACGAAAUCUCGGAGAGAGACGACACUAUCCGCAACGGAUAUGAUGUGGUGACCAUGGGCAACAGCACUCGCGAUGGUAACUGGUCAACCUGCGUCGGUUGCGCUAUUCUGAGUCGGUCCUUCGAGCGUACCAACACUCAAGUUCCGGAUGUCUGCAAGCAGUGCUUCCAGAAGUACUGCUGGGAUGGCUCUACCAAUUCCUCCAUCGGUUCUAAAGAUUACGAGCCCGUCACCUUAUUGGAAAGUGGCGGUCCUACUAUAAUUCCGACUGUUGUUGCAUCUGCAGUCGCAGCUAGUGUUGCCCUUUUCACAUUGCUGUGAGAACAGAUCUUCUAUAAACCCCUUUUCUAUAUAUUGCAAUAUAUCCCAACAUAUAUACUUCUACCCUUUUUUGGUUAUCUUUUGAUAUGAUCGUUAUUAGGUUAAAAUUUGCUGACUUAGGUUUGGCUCUUAAUUUUGGAAAUAUAUCAUUGAAUGAACUGUUAAAUAUUUUGUGUACUGCUCUUCAUGAACUGCUUCAUUGAUAAGGAUCUAGACCACCACCUUAGACUGGAGCCUUUGGAAAGUGAUUUUAUAUAUGGACAUAGCUGACUACUAAGAGAUCUACUGCAAAAUAAAA